AACAUAGUGAGAUCCCAUAUUAAAAAAAAAAAAAAUUAAAAACAUUAAAAAUCCAAGAUAUACAGUAAUUGCCUUCCACUGUUAAAACAAUGUGUUCUUUUUCUGAUUGUUAGGCUGAAUAAACAUAUUUAAAGCUCAAUAUAAGAUCAUUUAUUUAUAUGGAUAGUGAUGUAUACAAUCUCUCUUUUUUCCAGAAAAAAUUUCUAUAAUAUGUCAGUAGACAUUUUGUAUAUAGUUUGAAAAUGAUUAUAAUCAAGAAUUAAAAUAUCAUGAUCAGGUAAUAAAUGUACUGUGAGUGCAUAAUGGAUACAAAUAUACAUAUAAAAAUUCCACUAUGGUUAAACAGAGUAAAAUGACAGAACCUAACUGAUAUCAUCCAUAUAUAUAAAUAUAUUUAUAUUUUAACCAAAAUUGAAAAUAUAAGUCACAAUUUAGGAAUUUCAACUCUUUUAAAGAGCAAUAAUUCACACUCAUUUAGGUUUAUCCUCCUCCUCUGUCUACUCAUUCCCUAGUUUACUCAUUCCCUAAGUCACAUUCUGUUCUUAGGAGGAAGUUUUCCCCCAUGGUUUUGAUCAUCAAAUUGGCCAUUUUUAGCCUGCUGCAAGAAUUACAAUUUAAAUAAUUUCUCUAAUAAGAAUAUAGUUUUAAGUAAAAACAUUUGCUAUAUCAGCAAAUAUUUUGGACUUGAGAAUAUAACUUAGACUCAGGUACUUUGCUUUCUGUAUUUUCCAAGAAUGCUAAUAAAGGCCCAUCUCCAAGGAGGCCUGAACUAUUAUGACCAUUAUGUUUAAUCAUUUUAUUAACUUAAUUUUUAUGAAGUGUUCCCCCUAAGGCAAAUCUUUAAAGCUGCAUUCUUGAGUUAUUAGUAUCAAAUACCACUCAUUGCUCUCAAAGACUUUUUUCUAUGUCAAAUUUUGGACACAGAGAAGUUUUGAAAUGCCUGGUAGCAAAAUUAUAUAAUUUUCUAGGAAUAUCAUUUUCUAAGGAUUCUUUUCAAUGUGUAAACUAGAGAAAUUAAGCAUGGUGCAAUGACCAAAUACAACAUAAGAUUGUACUAUUAAUAUAAUGUGAUCUUAUGGGAGAUUUGAGAUAAUUAAUCUGAAUUCCUCAGAAAAUAUGUGUUAAAAAGUUUUCUCAUUUUCAAGAUCAUUUAGUUUUCUACUCUUAAGUGACCAGUCAGUUGCAUAUUCUCUUAUUUGGGAUUCAAACUAGAUAAAAUCUCACCUUUGCUAUGGAGAUAGAAAUUUUUUGAAUUCUGUAUAUUACUUUCUGAAGUUUCAUAACAGACUGAUCUAUAAACCAUGGAGAAUUAAAUUAAUGACUUAUUCUCAUGUUCUCACAGGCAACAGUCUUUCUCUGUCUUUUAAACUGAGGGAUAGGAUCUACCCAUUAAAUCUUUGUAGAUCUUAGUUUUAUAGUCUAAAAAAUGGAACAUCUUUAUGGUCUGUCUAGCCCAGCCUUUAAGUUCCAUGAUUCAAUAAUUGUCUAGAUAAAAGUCUGUCACUAUGCUUGCUGCUAGAAUUUAAACACUGUAAUUACUUCAUUGGUUUCCUGAUGAAUUUCUGCUGCAAGGGUAAAAGUUUCUGAAAUGCCACUAGACUCUGACACAGGUAAAUUAUCAUAAAUUAUCAUUCAGAAGAAUCUUGAUAGACAUUAAUACUACAUGUGAAAACUAAAAUGUAGAUGAUAUUCAUAAGGGGCAAAUUCCACAAGGGUAGAACUUACAAUAAAGCACGUUGAUGAAUCAGUUCAUAUUCUAUGAAUUGAUUGUAUAACAUUUUUCCUUCUGUGACUCACCUACUUCAUUUGUUUUUAUCUAUGAUGCCCAUGAAUGUAAAAUGCAACAUUAUUUUAUGGACUACCAAGAAAGAAAAAAUGCUUUCAGUAAAAUAAUGGCAUAUCAUCAAUUAUAAAUGAAUCUUAGAGUAUUCCAAAAAUUUUUUUAAAAGUCCACACCUUAGAACCAAUAAAAUAUAGUAGGUAAAGAGUUUUGAUUAAAUUAGUCAGUACAAUCAAAUAAUCAAUACAACCAUUUUAUUCAGUUGUCCUUUUGAGAGACUUAACUAGCAGAAAGCAGUGACAAUUAAUUUAGUUAAAAUGUUAGUAUACAAGUACACAAACAAUUCAAUGAUCUCCCUUCUGUAGAAGAUGCCAGAUAAAAUUUGUGGAUUUGUUCUUGAUUUAAAAUAGGAAUGCCCUUCAAUAAAGUUCUCAUUUGGUUACAUAGGCUACAUAUUUCAGCACAUUUUAAAAACCCUGUCAGAAUAAGACUCUAGACAAUUGAGAUCUUAAAAAUAUUUAGUAAAUAUCCAAACAUUUUCUCAGGACUCAUAUUGUCAGAUACCCACUAGGUAUUCAACAAAAGUAUAAUGUUAUAUUGAAAAAUUUAACAAGUAUUUAUUACACAGUAUCAUGAAUAGAGCUUUUCCAUUGUCACUAUUAUUGUUUUUAAUAAUCAUUAUUACUAUCCCUUCAUGUCUCCUUUCAAACAGACAGGGUAGAAAGAGUGGGUGAGAAGGACAAGUAUGAAUAUCACCCCACUGGACUUUUCAUCAUCUGUGACAAACAUCUCUAACUGUUCACUUUGCCCCAAUUCCCACUCCCUGCAAUCUCAGGCUUGGUGUUAGAUCCCUUUGCAACACAGCAUUCCAGGUAGUCAGUAUCAAUAGAUCAGACUUGGCUUAGGACAUAAAGCUAAGAUAGUAUAAUUUCCCCCCAAAAAAGGAGAAAGAUUCCUUCUGUAUAUCUAAAUAGUAUCACAAACAGGCACAGGCAGAGGUGGUAUGAAUUGUUCCCAAGUAUCACUUUGCCACGGUAAGUGUCCUCUCUCUUCAUUCCUUUGUUUAAGAUCUAGCCAUUGCUUUUCUUUCCCAGAUACAAAUAGAUCUAGAAGAAGGACAAAUAUCCAAGGAUGGGCUAUGGUAUAAAAUGACUCCCCUGAGCUCAUGAGAUUGUUUAGCUACCAUUCUCUACUAGCAAGUAUGUAGGUGAAAACUCAACUGUGCACAUUACUGCAACUACAAAUUCAAAACAUUAGUCGAGCCUUAUAUAUUAACGCAGAAAUUCUUGGGCUUGGGUGACUUCCAAUUUCUCUCCACUUAGAACCUAUUUUGAAAUUUCAUCCCUUUCUCCCAGCCUCCUACCUCACACCCUCAGUCUCAGUGUAUUCCUUUUCGAGAGGAGAAAAGGCCAUCGGGUAUUUACUCCCUAAUUUUCAUGUCCUUCAUUUUGGCAGUGGAUCCUCCAAUCCAGCUCUUUCAACCCUGAGCUUUGAGUCAACCUAGCCCACUGAGUUUUCUCAGCUGAGGCCCUAAACACUAUGGGACAGAGAUGAGCCAUCCCACUGUGCUCUUUCGAGGUACGGACUCACUCAAUCCAUGAGCGUAAAACCUAUGAGUUGUUGUAUUCCUUGAAGUGUGGGGGAGGUUUGUUACACAAUAAUAAAAUAACUAUCACUUCUCUUGGCUCAUCACUAAAAUAAAAACCAAAACAAAAUUGCUCAUCUCUUUCUCACAGUAACUCCCUUACCCGAGUAACAUCUUCUCUAGCUUCUUCUCUUUCCUGGCUAGCUUCUCCUAAUGAAGAAUAAGGUACAUUUACUGUCCUCUCAUUUGUUCCUCAAGUAUGGCCCACCCAAAACUGCUUCUUCCCAGGACACCAAUGACCACAGCCAGUGCACACAAUCCCGACUUGCUUAUAUUAGUAUUUAUUCUUUGUGUUGCACUGCACUCUCUUGAACCUCCACUCUUCUGGAAUCUCUUUGUCCUUUGACUUCACUAACUCCACACUUCAGGUUUUUCUUCACUGGCUGACCGUCAGCAAGCUUCCCCAAGAUCUAUUAUCUUCAUCCAUUUCUUAGGUAUUUUUCUCCCUAGGAUCCUGUUACAUCAAUGGGCCAGAGAUGGCCCUAUGUAUUAGCCUAAAAUGAUUCCCAUACUAUUUACUUCUUCACAGCAGGGUAGGGACCUUAGCCCAAAGCCUGGUAGCACCAACUCAAAUUCUCAUACAUCUAAUCUCUUUAAAUAUAGUCAAAAUAAAUGUUAUUUUUAACCAUUUAGAGCCUACUUUUUUUACAUGACCUGUGAAAAUCCACCCAACAUCUGCUAACCGUAGAGGAAACAAAUCCAACAGCUGUAGAAGGGCCCAAACCACUGUUGCCUUUUCCAGUCCUCUGACCCAGAGGCUCCCCACUUUGCACUGAGUGGUGUCACCUGGACAGGACUAUAAUAUGGAUUUAGAGCUCAAGGAGUAUUAUAACAAGACACUUUCUGCAGAGAAUGAUACUACUGCCACUCGGAAUUCUGAUUUUCCAGUCUGGGAUGACUAUAAAAGCAGUGUAGAUGACUUACAGUAUUUUCUGAUUGGACUCUAUACAUUUGUAAGUCUUCUUGGUUUUAUGGGGAAUCUACUUAUUUUAAUGGCUCUCAUGAAAAAGCGUAAUCAGAAGACUACAGUAAAUUUCCUCAUAGGAAAUCUGGCUUUUUCUGAUAUCUUGGUUGUGCUAUUUUGCUCACCUUUCACACUGACUUCUGUCUUGCUGGAUCAGUGGAUGUUUGGCAAAGUCAUGUGCCAUAUUAUGCCUUUCCUUCAAUGUGUGUCAGUUUUGGUUUCAACUUUAAUUUUAAUAUCAAUUGCCAUUGUCAGGUAUCAUAUGAUAAAACAUCCUAUAUCUAAUAAUUUAACAGCAAAUCAUGGCUACUUUCUGAUAGCUACUGUCUGGACACUAGGUUUUGCAAUUUGUUCUCCACUUCCUGUGUUUCACAGUCUUGUAGAACUUCAGGAAACAUUUGGUUCAGCGUUGCUGAGCAGCAGGUAUUUAUGUGUUGAAUCAUGGCCAUCUGAUUCAUACAGAAUUGCCUUUACUAUCUCUUUGUUGCUGGUUCAGUAUAUUUUGCCCUUAGUUUGUCUAACUGUAAGUCAUACCAGUGUCUGCAGGAGUGUAAGCUGCGGAUUGUCCAACAAAGAAAACAAACUUGAAGAAAAGGAGAUGAUCAACUUAACUCUGCAUCCCUCCAAAAAAAGUGGACCUCAGGUGAAACUCUCCAGCAGCCAUAAAUGGAGUUAUUCAUUCAUCAGAAAGCACAGAAGAAGAUACAGCAAGAAGACGGCAUGUGUAUUACCUGCUCCAGUAAGACCUGCUCAAGAGAACCAUUUGAGAACACUUCCAGAAAACUUUGGCUCUGGGAAAAGUCAACCCUCUUCAUCCAGUAAGUUCAUACCAGGGGUCCCCAUUUGCUUUGAGAUGAAACCUGAAGAAAACUCAGAUGCUCAUGAAAUGAGAGUAAAACGUUCUGUCACAAGAAUAAAAAAGAGAUCUCGAAGUGUUUUCUAUAGGCUCACCAUAUUGAUAUUAGUGUUUGCUGUUAGUUGGAUGCCACUACACCUUUUCCAUGUGGUAACUGACUUUAAUGAUAACCUUAUUUCAAAUAGGCAUUUCAAGUUGGUGUACUGCAUUUGUCAUUUGUUGGGCAUGAUGUCCUGUUGUCUUAAUCCAAUUCUGUAUGGAUUUCUUAAUAAUGGAAUUAAAGCUGACUUAAUGUCCCUUAUACACUGUAUUCAUAUGUCAUAGUUCUCACUGUUUACCAAGAAAAGAAAAAAUAUUGGAGUCAUCUAAGAUAUAUUCGUGAUAACUAUGUCUGUAUAAUAAAUAGAAAUUUUGUUAAUAUAUGGAAUUCAAUUUAUGUGAAAGAGUUCAGGAUUUGAAUGUCAGUUCAUAAUAUAUGGAAGAUAAUUUUAAUAUGAUUAAUUUAUUUAAUUGUAGAAUCAGUGUCAAUCUAAUCUCUAGCUUUAUUUUUAAAGAUAGUAUUAUCUUCUAUUUCAUGUUGUCUUGUAACAAAUGAAUUGUAUUUUUUGCUUAAAAUAAAAG